AUGUCUACGCUCGCACUUUUGGUUGAGGGUAGCGCAUGUGCAUGGGGACGACUGGCGCUCGCUCAUGGCAGUCCGCUGAUGAACCUGUUCUUUUAUGCUGCCAAACAUGGUAUCUGUGUUGAUGUAGUGUCAUUGGUUGAGACGAGUCCACUUCUUCAGCAGGCCACUGAUAUCACUAGUGGCAUUUUCCUGCAAGUUGGACGGCCUUGUAAACUACUUAGCAAUCAUCGUCAUAUUGACGUACAGGAGGUUGAUUAUCGUGCCUCUUGCGCAUGUCAUCAUGAAUUGGUGUCAUCUGGUUGGGUGUGUUCUGUCUGCUUAUCCGUACUGUGCCAGUUCAUGCCGAUUUGUAAAUUUUCCUUUUCUACGAAUCAUAAAAAGAGUAGGGCUCUCAGGGUUGAUCAAUCCCUUGGGGUUGCGCCAUACAUUCGACAUCACUAA